UCCCAGCUGUCCCGGACCCCGAGCCCAGGCGGGGCGGCCGGAGAGAGGCAGAAGCAGGGGGAGGAGGAGGAGGAGGAGGCAGAGCCGAGCGGAGCCGGGCGAGCCAGGGAGGCUGGGGGCGCCGCGGCAGCCCGGCCCCGGUCCCGUCCCGGCGGGGGCUCGGAGCCAGCGCCUCGGGGACCGCGGCCCCUCGCCCGCCACGCGGGCGCGCACACUCGCCGCUCACACUCACACGCGCGCACACACUCACGCCCGCGCGCCGACAGACGCGCACACACUCGCCCUCACUCCUGCGUGGCCGUGGCCGCCGCCCAGAGAGCGCGGGCGCGGAGGCAGAGGAUCGCCGUGGCCGUGGCCGCCGCCUCCCGGCAGGGUCCCCCGGAGGCCGCCGUGCGCUCUCGGGCGGGAGCAUGCUUUGUGGCCGGGCCAGGCUUCCCCAGCUUGGAGACCCUGCUAGAGAUGGUGAAAGCCACGUAGAUCAUUUCUGCCUUGCUCUCGAUCACCUGUUGGCACUGCGUCACACCUGCCCUGUACAGAAUUGAUGCGCUUACACUUGGUGGGUCAUUAUGCUGCUGCAUCUGUGCAGUGUUAAGAAUCUGUACCAGAACCGGUUUCUCGGCCUGGCCGCCAUGGCCUCCCCAUCGAGGAACUCCCAAAGCCGGCGCCGUUGCAAAGAGCCCCUGCGGUACAGCUACAACCCGGACCAGUUCAACAACCUGGACCUCAGGAACGGGUCCCACGACCCCGUCACCAUCCCUCGGUCCACCAGCGACACGGACCUCGUCACCUCCGACAGCCGCUCCACGCUCACAGUCAGCAGCUCCUGCUACUCCAUCGGCCACUCUCAGGACCUGGUCAUUUACUGGGACAUCAAGGAGGAGGUGGACGCGGGGGACUGGAUCGGCAUGUACCUCAUAGAUGAGGUCUUGUCUGAAAACUUCCUGGACUACAAGAACCGUGGAGUCAGUGGUUCUCACCGGGGCCAGAUCAUCUGGAAGAUCGACGCCAGUUCCUACUUCGUGGAGCCUGAAACCAAGAUUUGCUUCAAAUACUACCAUGGAGUGAGCGGGGCUCUGCGGGCGACCACCCCCAGCGUCACGGUCAAGAACUCGGCGGCUCCCAAAAAACAAGGCCUAGGGAAAGAAAUGACAGCACAGAACUCCCUCUCUCGGAGGCUCAUCAGCUUCUCGCUCUCAGACUUCCAGGCCAUGGGACUGAAGAAAGGGAUGUUCUUUAACCCAGAUCCUUAUCUGAAGAUUUCCAUCCAGCCAGGGAAACACAGCAUCUUUCCGGCUCUUCCUCACCAUGGCCAGGAGAAGAGGUCCAAGAUCAUAUGUAACACUGUGAACCCCAUCUGGCAAGCUGAGCAUUUCAGCUUCGUCUCCCUGCCCACGGAUGUGCUGGAGAUCGAGGUGAAGGACAAGUUCGCCAAGAGCCGCCCUAUCAUCAAACGCUUCCUGGGGAAGCUGUCCAUGCCUGUGCAGAGGCUUCUGGAGAGACACGCCAUCGGGGACAGGGUGGUCAGCUACACCCUGGGCCGCAGGCUCCCCACUGAUCACGUCAGCGGACAGCUGCAGUUCCGAUUUGAGAUCACCUCCUCUAUGCACCCAGAUGAUGAGGAGAUCUCCAUGAACACGGACGCUGAGGCAGCUGAGCUGCAGGAGAGCAGCCUAAACAAUCUGAUGGAGGUCGGCCUCCCCGAGGAGGCCACAGGUGUCCAGCUGGAGGGGGAGGAGAACGGGGAGCCCGAACAGCCAGAUGGGGAUGGAGAAGUGAACGGUUUGGGGGGCCAGAGCCCAGAGGCCCCCAGGCCACCUGAGGAAUCCGGCAAAGAGGCGGGCCAGGACAGCGAGGCUCCUGGUGAGGGCGAGGAGCUUCCUGAGCCCGCCCCGGCUGAGGACCUGCCCUCCAUCGCGGCCGAGGAUCUCGACGUGUUCCCCGAUACUCCUCCUCCUCCUCCCUCCCCUCCCCCACCCCUGGAAACCAGCGACGGCCUCUCGGCCACACCACAGGACUCUGAGGCUCCCCCCAGCGCGGAGGAAGCAGGGGCGGAGGAGGCUGAGCCCGAGCUCCUGGCUGGUGAGGGCCCAGAGGAGCGGGGGGACGAGGGGGAGGAGGAGGAGGCCCAGGGGGUGGAGGAGGAGGAAGCCGAGGGGGAAGAAGGCCUGCCCGAGCUGCAGCCCGAAAAGGACGGGCUCCCCUUGCGGCCCUCGGUGAAACGGAAGAGCAGGCCGUGCUCUCUGCCGGUGUCCGAGCUGGAGACGGUCAUCGCGUCGGCCUGUGGCGAGCCCGAGACCCCGCGCACGCACUACAUCCGGAUCCACAACCUGCUGCACAGCCUGCCCUCGGCGCAGGGCGGCGGCGGGGCCCCGGACGAGGAAGAGGCCGCCGAGGAGGAGUCCACGGUCAAGGACGUCUCGGAGAAGGACGCGGUCAGCGAGGCCGAGACCGUGGCGCUGGAGCCCGGGCGGCUCGAAGACGGGCCGGAGGCGGGGGACGCCGAGGGGGGCAGCGUGGGCGGGCCGGCCCCCAGCCCGUGCGGCCAGCCGCUCCUGGAGCUGAACUGCGGCUCCUUCACGGACAGCGAGCCCCGGCCCAGCACCGGCAGCGAGAGCGACUCCAGCCCGCGGCAGGGCCGGGAGCACGACUGCGAGGGCUGCGACACGUCCUGCUACAGCACCUCGUGCUACAGCACCUCGUGUUACAGCACCUCGUGCUACAGCCCCUCGUGCUACGAGAGCAACAACCGCUUCUCCAGCCACACCCGCUUCUCCUCGGUGGACAGCGCCAAGAUCUCCGAGAGCACCGUCUUCUCCUCCCAGGACGACGACGAGGAGGAGAACAGCGCCUUCGAGUCAGUGCCGGGUUCCGCGCCCAGUCCCGAGCUGGAGCGCGAGGCGGCCGACGGCACGGCCGCCUGGCCCGACGAGCUGGCCGCCCCCCAGGGCAGCGCCGCCAGAACGGCCGACGGCCUGGAGUCCCCGGCCGCCGGGCCCAGCAGCCGGAGAGAAGGUGAUUGCCCUUUACUCCAAAACUCUCAGCCAGUUGGCCUGCUUCCCUCCCUGAGGCCUGACCACCAUCACUACCCUACUAUCGAUGAGCCUCUUCCACCAAACUGGGAAGCUCGGAUUGACAGCCACGGGAGGGUAUUUUACGUGGAUCAUGUCAAUCGGACAACCACAUGGCAGCGUCCGACAACCGCAGCCACUCCCGAUGGGAUACGUCGUUCCGGGUCUAUUCAGCAGAUGGAGCAACUCAACAGACGGUACCAGAAUAUCCAGCGCACCAUCGCCACGGACCGCUCUGAAGAAGACUCUGGUGGCCCAGCAGGCCCUGAGCAGGCGCUCGCUGGAGGCGGUGAUGGAGGCAGUGGAGGCGGAGGAGGGGGCAGUGACUCGGAGGCAGACUCUUCUCAGCAGAACUUAGAGUUGGGGAGAGAAGGGUCGCUGUCCCCUGGGAACUCCCAGAAGAUCACGCUGCUGCUGCAGUCCCCAGCUGUCAAGUUCCUCACCAACCCCGAGUUCUUCACUGUUCUGCAUGCCAACUAUAGUGCCUACCGCACCUUCACCAACAGCACCUGCCUGAAGCACAUGAUCCUGAAGGUCCGGAGGGACGCUCGCAACUUUGAACGGUACCAGCACAACCGGGACCUGGUGAACUUCAUCAACAUGUUCGCCGACACGCGCCUCGAGUUACCCCGAGGCUGGGAAAUCAAAACUGACCAGCAGGGCAAGUCUUUUUUCGUGGACCACAACAGCCGAGCGACCACCUUCAUCGACCCCCGGAUCCCUCUUCAGAAUGGACGUCUCCCCAACCACCUGACCCACAGGCAGCAUCUCCAGCGGCUGCGCAGCUAUAGCGCCGGGGAGGCCUCAGAAGUCUCUCGGAAUCGGGGCGCCUCCCUCCUGGCCCGGCCGGGGCACAGUCUCGUGGCCGCCAUCAGGAGCCAGCACCACCACGAGUCGUUACCUCUGGCUUAUAACGACAAGAUUGUGGCGUUCCUCCGCCAGCCCAACAUUUUUGAAAUGCUGCAGGAGCGUCAGCAAAGCCUGGCCCGGAACCACACACUCAGGGAGAAGAUCCAUUACAUCCGCACAGAGGGCACCCAUGGGCUUGAAAAACUAUCCUGUGAUGCAGAUUUAGUCAUCCUGCUUAGCCUCUUUGAAGAAGAGAUCAUGUCCUACGUCCCCCUGCAGGCCUCCUUCCACCCUGGCUACAGCUUUUCCCCCCGGUGUUCCCCCUGCUCGUCACCUCAGAACUCUCCAGGCCUGCAGAGAGCCAGCGUGAGAGCCCCCUCUCCCUACAGGAGAGACUUUGAAGCCAAGCUCAGAAAUUUCUACCGGAAGCUUGAAGCCAAAGGAUUCGGGCAGGGGCCGGGGAAAAUAAAGCUCAUUAUACGCAGGGACCAUUUGCUGGAAGGAACCUUCAACCAGGUGAUGGCCUAUUCCCGUAAAGAACUCCAGAGAAACAAGCUCUACAUCACCUUUGUUGGAGAAGAGGGCCUGGACUACAGUGGACCCUCGCGAGAAUUCUUCUUCCUUCUGUCUCAGGAGCUCUUCAACCCCUAUUACGGCCUCUUUGAGUAUUCUGCCAAUGACACAUACACCGUCCAGAUCAGCCCCAUGUCUGCCUUUGUGGAAAAUCAUCUCGAAUGGUUCCGCUUCAGUGGCCGCAUCCUGGGUCUGGCCCUCAUCCACCAGUACCUUCUCGACGCCUUCUUCACGCGGCCCUUCUACAAGGCCCUGCUCCGGCUGCCCUGUGACCUGAGCGACCUUGAGUACCUGGACGAGGAGUUUCACCAAAGCCUGCAGUGGAUGAAGGACAACAACAUAACGGACAUCUUGGACCUCACCUUCACUGUGAACGAAGAGGUGUUUGGGCAGGUGACAGAAAGAGAGUUGAAAUCCGGAGGUGCAAAUACCCAGGUGACAGAAAAGAACAAGAAGGAAUACAUCGAGAGAAUGGUGAAGUGGAGAGUGGAGCGGGGCGUUGUGCAGCAAACAGAGGCACUCGUCCGUGGCUUCUAUGAAGUCGUGGACUCGAGGCUCGUCUCCGUCUUUGAUGCCAGGGAACUGGAGCUGGUCAUCGCGGGCACCGCGGAGAUCGACCUCAACGACUGGCGCAACAACACAGAGUACCGUGGAGGCUACCAUGACGGACAUAUUGUAAUCAGGUGGUUCUGGGCAGCAGUGGAGAGGUUCAACAAUGAACAAAGGCUGAGAUUACUUCAGUUCGUUACUGGAACCUCAAGUGUACCCUACGAAGGCUUUGCCGCUCUCCGUGGGAGCAACGGACUCCGUCGCUUCUGUAUAGAAAAAUGGGGGAAGAUAACCUCCCUCCCCAGGGCGCACACGUGUUUCAACCGCUUGGAUCUCCCACCCUACCCCUCCUACUCCAUGUUGUACGAGAAGCUCCUGACGGCCGUGGAGGAGACGAGCACCUUCGGGCUGGAGUGAGGAGAGGGGCGCAUCCGGUGUCACCCGUGGGCUGCCGGCGCCCCCCUUCCUCCCCCUUCCCAUAAUCUGGGCAUCUAGUGGUUUUGUUUUCACUCCAAAUCGGAUCGACAACAGCUGUGCAUGAAGAACUAGCUGCCUUCUCCGAGUCACCUCCGGCUUCCCCCUCCAGGUUCUCAGUGGCCUGCUAGCUCGUAUGCAAUAUCCCCCCCAAGCCCAUCAGGUCCGUGUGUCUCUGCAUACCUCCAUUACUAACGAUGAAAUGCGAAUGCAAGUUAUGCUACACUCGACCAAAUGUUAACCAAUGUUUACUUCUGUCCGGACUGACUGGAGACGAAACGCCCCCGAGCAUCCCCAGCGUGCCCGGCCCUCCUGCCGGAGCCGCCGUCAUCCCGGUCCCUCCUCCCUGGAGCCGCCCCGGCUUCCUUCCCCCUUCUUCCCUUCCCUCCGGUGUACCCACCCGUCCAAGGGACAGCUUGGCAAAACUGACAUUUUUAUACAUUGAACUCGCGACCCACCUGUGUGACGUCCAUCCCCUCCACUGGAACUGACCCAAACACAUGGUGCAAAUAAGACAUUUUCAAACCGACCACAAAUGUUGUGGGAUGCAAUGCAAAGCAGCCCCGUGGCAGGGACGCCGUGGUGACCAACAGAAGCUGCACUUCCCUAUCAGGAGGGGGAGCUGGAGAGGGAGGGCCGCGGGGAUGCCGGCCACGUGAAAAGCACAAGCGUGCACAUGCCCAGGGAGGAGCUCCUCCGGGAGAGAAAGGACCCCGUCCCGAGGGCUGGCGAGAGUACGACCGCAGAACGGGAAGGCGGACAUUUCACUCUUGUUUUCGUCCCUUCGAGUCCUGUCGACUGGUUUCUCGAGCGUCCAGGGUUAGCACUUCUUCCAAAUUGAACAGUGUCUAGACAAUCCCGUCGUUUCCUCAAUACCAUGUAUCACUUCUCUAACAGGGCUAACUUUUCUAUGUUUUGUUUUGUUUGUUUGGGGGAUUUGGGGGUGGGGGUUUUCUCAUCAAGUGCAAAUCUGCGGCCCCUCAGAGGUGAGUCUCCCGAGGAGCAGAACCCAGGGAAGCAAAUCUGGGGAGACCAGUGCUGCCAUUUAGGUAUGGAGGGUAGCGUAGCCCCUCUUCCGAGUUAGCGGAGGUUGUGGUGCCCCUGGAGUGAAAUUUCACUGUCUCCAUGGCACGUGAAGUUAUACCAAAAUGAAGAGCCAGUUCCUUUCAACAUUUCAUCCACAGAAUUCAGGAAAGUCGAUGUUCGGAAAAUCACUGGGAAGGUCCAAAGUGAGCCGUUUCUGACGACAGGGAUUUCUGGGCAGUGGGUGGUUCGGAAAGUUUCCCACAAACCCGGCUAGAGUGGUUGUUUACAAGUCUCGUCCCGCUUGACUCCAUAACUCCUGAAAUGUGUCAUAAAUGAAAGUGUUUCCCUUCCCUGGAAAGAGGUGCAAUUGGCCACCCCGCCAACCUGUCAAAAAGCCAAAUUGUUGUUUUCUCACCUUAACUCCCACAUUUUCUAACCCACAGAAACAAGACACAAAAAAUCACUUGAAGGUCAAGCAUGGACAUAUAUAUACAUGUAUGUAUGUAUGUAUAUAAUAGACGCAUAUAUAUAUGUGAACCUGGCCAUCACCAAGUGCAUCCAUUCUGUGAUGAAGUCCCAAAGUCCCUUUGGGUUCCUCUUCAAGCUCAAGAGGAGCUUUGAGAUGACGAUUUGAUGGGGUUUCUCUACAAUUUCCAGCCUAUUUCACUGGCCUAUUGGCAUUUUCCAAUCAGAAUGUCUACAUUAUAGAAAACUUCAUUUGUCUAAAUUCAAUGUUUUUAUAGAAGAAAAGUUUGAGCUAUAUGAGGAUUUCAGGAAGUCCAGAACUUCAGACACCAUGUACUUCAGCAUCUGAACAGUCGCAAACAAGCCCAGAAGGGUUUCUGAGCUUUGAUUAAAUCAGAACCGAGGUAACUAGGCCACUGUAUGGAUGUUCUGGGGUUCAAGCUGUCUGACUGGAGGGCACUCUUUGGGUGUGGGGAAACACCACGAUGGACAUUUACAAACCUUAGCAAAAAUCAGAAUUCAUUCAUCCACAAAUCGGUUUGUGCGAGGCCCCGAGAAGAAUACACAUCUGUACAAGACCAUAUGUGCCCUUCAGAACCUACAGUCUGGACAAGGUAUCAAAUUUGUCAUGAGCUUUGACUUCCCUAUGGAGAGAGGGAGGGAGGUAUGCGCUGGGCAGACCCUGAGCUCUAAUGUGCUUCAGCCCGUGGGUCUUUCCUUUUAUCUGCAUGUGGACCACUCUAUGGCCUCCCAAGCCUGCUCAGACCACAUGACACGGAAAGCGUGGCUUUCAUUAAUCUGACUGGCAGCUUCUCCAUUGAGGAAGACGUUCUUUCUAUCUAAGAUCAUAGAUUCAGAGCUGGAAGGGACCUGAAGGGACGCUUAGUGCCACAUUUUCAUUUUUCAGGUAAGAAAACUGGAGCCCAGAUAGCUUGUGACUUACCUGAGAUCACUUACCUAUGGCAGGUGUGAGAUAUAAACCCUCAGCCUCCAGCUACUCCCUCUUGCUGCUUGGUGUGCAUAGCCUAAGUGACUCAGGGAACGCCCCCAACAUCCUCCCCUCCGAUGUGAAGAGGAUGCUCAAGAAAAUACUUUGGAGAGAGAAAAUACUUUGUCCUCUCCCAAGGACAUUUGUUUAGCCAACAAUACAAUCAUGGGGCUGGAAGGAGAAAAAAUCAAGUAGGGGAGAGGACUUCCCCUAAACUGAAUUGUUUGCCAUUCCUUUUAACCCAGGCAGCAACAAGGUUAGAUGUCUUUAAUCAAAAUGAAGAGCAAUGACCAACAGAUUGGCCUCAAUUUGGCCAAAGAUUCUAAGUUUCUAUAUUUAAAGCGAGGAAAGACCUUAGAGGUAUUCUGGUUCAGAGCCCUCACUUUACAGAUGGGGAAAGAGAACAGGAUCAGGCCCUCCCAAGACCACCCUGGGAGACCAGAAUCACAGUCUAAGUCCCCUCCCUCCCAAAGUCAGUGCUUUCUCCAGCAUUAACAAAUCAUCUCCCCCCUCUCCUUAGUAAAGAAAAGGAGAAAAGAAUGAAAAAGGAAAAAAUAAAUGAAAACUCCUCUUUCCCACCUUGAUACCAGGGAUUUAUUUUAAUUUGUAUUUUGUCAUUUAUUUGAAAUAAUUAUGUGCAACUGAAGGAAACCUAGGAUUUAUAUUAUCUGAUUUCCUCUUCCAGCCAGAGCUGCUGGACCAGCCAAACAUCCCAAAUGGAACCAAAGGCAUUCUGGCUCUUCCAUGGGGCUCCCCGCUCCUUUCCUCUUCCUUCACAGUCUCAGGGACGAGAUGCAAACCCAGCUAGAUAUUGGGGGCACCUCCUUGCCCAGGUCAGCCUCAGCCAAGGGGCCCUGCCCAAAGCAUUCCCUCAUUCAUCUAAGCUAAAAAGCCCACUUUACGGGAGGGAGAGCUUUGUCCAUUUCUUCUCAGUCUAUCCUAGAACUGAACUCAGACCAAGAAAAAGAUCUUUUUCUUUUUUUAUUUUCUUCAGUAUUUAAUACCCUUGCCUAAAAUCAAGCCCCAGUUUAAAUGAUUUUGCAAUAUUAAUAUAUAGGAUUCAAAGUCAUGAUCAGGAUGUCUCUCUUCAAAGGCUCUUCCCUCUCUCCUCCCCAUGCUUGUUUUAAAGAUUGGUUUUCCCCUAAAAGUAAGGAACUCCAACCAGCCCUGGCCAUAUGUGUCCUAAGAGGCAGGCUUUGAGUCCCAGGUUUUUCUGUGUCAAAGGGCAGCCAUCUCCUCACUAAUACCACAUAAAUAUUAAUAUAAAUUAGUGAGCAAGUGAGCAUCACAGAAGGCAUAGAGAGGAGAUGUCCAGGCCAAAUUGGAGAAUGAUUUCCGAAAGAUCGAGAAAAAUCAACUCCAAUUCAUCUUUAGCAAAUGAGUGUGAAUAGUGGCAAGGACAUGAGAGUCUGGAGCCAAAAGAGCUGAGUUCAAAUUCCAGCUUUGCUCUUUAAGACUUCUGUGACCUUUGGUGAGUCAAUCACUUUCCAGGACUCAGUUUUCUCAUCUGUAAAACACAAGACAUUGAACAAAACCAUAACACAGAAUUCUUCUAUAUCAGUGAGUUUGCAAAGUCAUCCUUUGUCCUGAAUGUUCUCAGUUCAUGGGUUAGAUUUUGUUGGGGGAUAAACGGAGACUGGUGAACGUGCAGAACUGAAUUAUAUUUUUGCAGAUUCAAAAUAGUUAAAUAAAGAAGUCUUGGUCAUUUUUUCCAGUGUGAACCUUCACCUUCUCCCGACAACUCAUCAAUUAUCCAAUCGCCAUUUCCAGGCAAGAUAAAACACUUUCAGAGGAAAACAAACAGACCUUUCUAUAACAAAUAUGUUCCUUGAUUUGGCAGCUUCCAAUCUUGGAGAUUUUGAGAUUGUUUGCAAUACUGUGUCAGAAAAAUCUGAGAUCGAUUUUCCAGUCCUCAUAAGGUCCUAAAGAGAAAUUGUUAUUUUCUUGUUAGUAAGUACUGUAGUCCCUUUGUUUCCAUAGAAAAAUAGAUGCGUGUAGAUAGUGUAUAGGUAGACUAGCUAGUGUGCUGUUAGCCUAAUUCCCUGCAGCUUCCAAUUUACCUAAAGAAAUAUCGACUCUGGUUUUGUUAAAAAAAAUAAUAAUAAUAAAAAGAAAAAUAAAAAACAAAAAGAAAAGAAAAGAGAAAAGAAAAAUUAAAAAAAAAAAAGACUUCCUACUGGUCGAUGGCAGGAAAGGUCCUCAUUCUGGGGCUGAUUUUGCUGAUACUCAGGCUUUGCCUUCUAUUCACUCAUAUCACCGUAAAGGAAUGUCAAUAAAACUUUUGUUAUGGCA